UGGUACAUUAAUAGGUUGUAAAGACUGCCUGGUUUAGCAUUGAAAGUACUGCAAAAACCCAGAAUAACUGCAUUUUUGUUUACUCAAUACUAAGAGAAGGCAUGCAGUCUAGGCUGUGUAGUGUUAUGUGUUUUACUCCCUGCCUCGGACUAGCAAAUUCAUGCUUAACCUUUGAGCGACAUAGAUAAGGUUUUAGCGUACAUUCAGCCUAAUCAUUGGUCUUCGCGGUGCUGUUUUUAUAAAUUGAACUUUGGUUGAUUGCUGUUUUUGGUAUCUAAAUCUAAAGAAUUCACAAAGGUCAGCACAUGGCCUGACUCAGUGCGGUCUUUUGUCGAUAUACAUUUAGCAACCGAUGAAAGAUUUAAGCUGUUAAUGUCAGUAUUUCAAUAAGUAAUACUUGACAAAAAUGUAACCAAGCAUGACUGAUAAUAAUUAAUGUUUUCACAAUGGAUACUUUUUUUUCCCCCCUUCUUAAUUUUAAUACAAUUGUAAUUUUGUUAUGAGGCAUUAUCCAAACACUGUUUUCAAGCCUUUUAAGUAUCUCUAAGCUCGGCCACCCAUAACCAUUAAUAGCUUCCUUUUACAGUAUAGCCCCAUGCCUACUUUUUUUUCUUUUUUACACUGUGGUUGUCCAGAUGUGGCUUCAUUACCUUUAGAAAUAGUAGUCACGGCCAGAACACAGAAACAGACUACAAACAAUUUUACUACAAAUGUAUAAAUAUCUUGUAACGGCAUUUCCAGAGAGAUAGUAAUGUUUAUUUUUUUGCAGCUUUUCAGGCAUAAAUCUUACUCAUGGUUUUGUAUUAAGCUUGUAAAAACUAGAAGUGAGUUUAUAUUUAAUUGUAUGAGCGAAGAUGGCAUUUUGUAUUCUUCCAGAUUGAUCUUGGUAUAAAAAGCUAAUAAACCUUUUAUUUUGAAAGAUCGGAGUACAUUACACCGGAAGUCCGGGAUUUUUCUUUUACCUACUAAAACAUCCACCUUACCAGUGAGUGCAUUGUGAAGUACAAGCUAAACAAGAUGCCUCGUUUGGAAAAGUCAAAUGGCAGAGGGACAAAAAGACUAAAGCUAGACUGGAAGUUUGUUCAGAGGUUCUGCAGCAUCCAGAAGGUCCUGUUCCCAUCAUGGACCAGUCAAAGUGCUCUGAUGUUUGGGACGCUGCUUGCUGUCACUCUGACAGAGCAGCUGAUCAUUUACCAAGUGGGUGUCCUCCCUAGCCACUUCUACAAUGUGCUGGCAGACACAGAUUACCCAGGCUUCAGGAGUCUGGUGGGCACAGCUAUGGUGCUCAUCUUGCUCAACUCCACAUUGAAAAGUAUCGACCAGUACAUUUGCAAUCAGAUGUAUGUAAGCUGGAGGAGGACGCUAACUGAGAGCCUUCAUGCGUCCUACUUCCAGGGCCGAGUCUAUUACACGCUCAAUGUACUCAAAGAGGAUAUAGACAACCCAGACCAGCGAAUCAGUCAGGACGCAGAGAGGUUGUGUAAGCAGAUGAGCACCAUGGCUAGUCGUUUGAUUGUAUCACCAUUCACACUGGCUUACUACACCUACCACUGCUUUCAUAGCACUGGUUGGAUCGGUCCUGUAAGUAUCUUUGGCUACUUUGUUUUUGGGACCAUUGCCAAUAAAAUCCUCAUGGGGCCGAUUGUGUCUACUCUGUUUGAGCAAGAAAAACUGGAGGGAGACUUCAGAUUCAAGCACAUGCAGAUCCGUGUCAAUGCAGAGUCUGCAGCUUUUUACAGAGCCGGUAAAGUGGAGCACAUGAGGACCAACCGCAGACUGCAGGCUCUGCUACAAACUCAGAAGAGUCUAAUAAACAAAGAGCUCUGGCUUUACAUUGGGGUAAACACCUUUGACUACGUUGGAGGUUUCCUUAGCUACAUUAUAAUUGCCAUUCCCAUCUUUACUGGUAUCUAUGAUGGUCUCACUCCUGGUGAGCUCAGUGCACUCAUCAGUAAGAACGCCUUUGUGUGCAUCUACUUGAUAAAUGGCUUCACGCAGCUAAUAGACCUGUCAACCACUCUGUCAGAUGUGGCUGGAUACACCCACAGGAUUGGGGAGCUGAGGGAGGUGAUGGAUGACAUCCUACGUGAGCAGUGUGACUAUGACCCGGCAUCAGGGGAAAGCUACGACUUUGACAGUGACUUCAACGUCCACGCAGGCCCUGUGGACACUGCCUUCAUCCUGGACCAUCUUUCAUACAAAUCUCCUUACUCAGAUGAGCUGCUGGUGGAGGAUUUGAGUCUGAAAAUCAGCCAGGGAACACAUCUACUGGUGGUGGGGAACACAGGAACCGGCAAGACGUCACUACUGAGGGUCCUCAACCGACUCUGGGAGGCACACAGCGGUUUUGUCCAGAUGACCACAUGUUUCGGGCCCAGAGGAACCCUCUUUCUGCCACAGAAACCUUACCUGACUGAUGGCACACUGCGUGAACAGGUGAUCUACCCACUGAAGGAUAUUUACCCUGCAUCAGGGUCAGUGGACGAUGACAGAAUUAUACAAUUCCUGGAACUAGCAGGAGUGUCCAGUCUCCUAAAGCGGACAGGUGGGCUGGAUGAAAAGGUGGACUGGAGCUGGUAUGAUGUUCUGUCUCCAGGUGAAAUGCAGCGUCUCUCCUUUGCACGACUCUUCUACCUGCAGCCCAAAUAUGCAGUGUUGGAUGAGGCCACCAGUGCUCUGACGGAGGAGGCAGAAGCACAGCUGUACAGAACCUGUAAACAGCUCGGCAUGACUUUGGUCACUCUGGGACACCGCAGUAGCCUGGAGAAGUACCAUGACGUCCAGUUGAAACUGUGUGGAGGAGGCCUGUGGGAGUUGACCAAGUUAAAAGGUGGAAGUGGGAGUCUCAGAGAAGAAGCCACAUGACUGGAGAGUCAUCUCUUUGAAAUCCUGGACAUGCAUGGCGCAUCAGUGUGGGAGACAAGGAUAGAAAACACUGAAUUCCUCAGUUAGUAACACUCAAGUGCUCCUUCAACAAGGUACUUUAAAACCCAGAACAACUGUACUCAUCCAGUUUGUAUGUAUUCAUGGACAUUGAGGCAGAGCUCAACUAAAAUGUUCUGGACCCAAAGACUUUGCCAAAGGAAUGGUUUGGCUCACUCUGUAAUUGUAAAUUCACCUAUCACGACAACAAAUCAGGAGGAAAAAAAAAGACACUUUAGAUUCAGUAAGUCUUAAGUGCCUUUACAUUUGUUUAUUGUAUUGUGUUUACAAUCAUUACAUUGGGAAUAUUGGUUCCAAUUUUGUAAUAAAUGCAAUGUUCUCAGCUCUUUCUCUCAACGCCUAUUAAGAGCAGAGUACAUCUGUGGUUCAUGCAUAGUUUUAAAGAGUUGUUUACCUGAUUUCAUAAAAAUAUCAUAUGUACAAUAAAAACAAAGAAUAUUUGUUUGA